AUGGCGGAAGAACCAGAGGAUAAGGGCUUUUUUCAGGACGUUCUGGAAGAAGAAGGAGUGAAAAACAGGAACGUUUUGUUGUCUUACGUGAAUAUUCUUGGUGGAGCUGCGAAGAAAGUAAAGAACAUGACUGACGUUGAUGUUUGGCCGGACGUUCAUCGUGUAAAUAAUCUUGUCGAUACAUGGACCGUUGUCGGGUAUUGUUUUGGAGCCUUUUCUGUUGUGGGAACUCUGUACUUCUCCUUAAAGACUUGCAGGGAGAUAAAUCAGUGGAGAACCUGGAUGAAAUUUAGGAGAAGUUUGACUCUUAAAGGAGGAAAAAAUUAA